AUUAGCGCGUUUACGGUAGCUCAAUUUGCAAUAGGGAGGGACCUUAGGGCCAAACAGCGCUCUCAUUGUCACUGCAUCCCCACUCACACACACAGGGGUAUUAGUGUCAGAGCCGCUCAGCAGCUUAAACCUGCAGAAGCCGCUGGCCUCCCUUUGGUCCUUCCUUACAGACACAAAAAAACUGGACUCACCUCACCAGGUCUGAGCAGACGGUUCAGCUAAAACUUUUUCCUGGUUCGAUAAUCACUUUCGAGCUCAGACCCAUCAGGUGACUCGCAGGCAGACAUGGCAGACGGCAGGCAGCCAGAGGACCACUUGACCGAGAACGGCCAGGAGCACGGCGAGAAUGGCUACUCCUCCUACAGCUACAGGGAGAACGGCUACCAUGGGGGAGCAGCUGCACAAGCUGGAGCAACAGUGGAUGACUCGGCCAACUUGCCUCCCUCCCCUCCCCCCUCUCCGUCCGCUGAGCAGACUGGGCCUGUGGCACAAGCUCAGCUGGCGGAGAAGAGCAAGGCAUCUAGCGAGUCUGAUGUGCAAGAAGGUGAAUGUCCUGGAGCAUCUGAAGAAGAACCUCCCUUAAGUACACUUCCCUUACCCAAUACUUCAACUCAAGAUCCUUCUGAAGUUUCUUCGGUUGAACAUGAUUAUAAAGGGAAAGAAGAUUUCGUAGAAGGAUCCACAGAUGGCUGCAAGCUUUUGGAGUGUGAAGCCAAGAACCAAACAAUGGCAGAAGAAGUAUCAAGUAUUCAGAUGGAAGAUAAUCCUGGAGUUAUGUUACCCAAUAAAUCUCAAACCUCUUUGAAUGAAACCAUUGAAAAAAUGGAGAAAGAGGAAGUAACGUAUCAGAGCAACAAGCAAACUGACAUUGAAAAAGGUGGGCUUGGUAGUGAAACAGUCCAGUUGACAGAAGGAUUGGAUAAAGACAAAUACUGUGGAUCAAAAACCUACUUCGAGACAACAUCAGAAAGCUAUUAUGAACUCAAUUUGACCUCAGAGACAAUUUCAAGUGUAGAGCAUGACAGAUGUGUCGAUAGCAUUGAAGAACAAGAGAAGAAAAAAGUGAGAGCAUUGCCAGGUAAAGCAUCUUUAGACCAACGAAGACUGUCCUUGAACAUUCCUGGAGGUUCUUCAACGGAAACAACCGUCAAAAUUGACAAGUCAAGAAGAUUCUCUGAAAGCUUGUGUCCAAUAAGUGGAAGCUUUGAUGGGUCAGAAGUUCCUCCUUUAACCCCGUUUGUUGAGGUGCACACAUCGCAAUUUCUGCCUGUUGUCUCCAUAACGCCAACACCUACAACUUCCGACAGCAUCCAAACAAAGGAAGGAGUUAAUACUGAGGAGCAUGGUUCCAGCUCUGAACAACCAGAAAGCUUGUCUGACAUGUUAGACUUGGCCGGUUUCCCACUUCGUCCACUUCUACAGAUGAAGGACCAAAUGAGACGAAAAUCAAUGCCAGCCAGUGCGCUCCUUGGCAAUAACUUUGACAAGCUUGGUUUAUCAAAGCAUAUCUUGACAGAGGUGGAAGGGGAGAAUCAACAAGAGGACAUUGGCUACUGCGUGUUCAGUGAAUAUUCGGCACCCAUGCCAUCUCCUGCUGAUGUACCAAGUCCUGGGGAUUCUCACCACCAGCACUUUCCCUCUUUGGGUUCUGAAGAAGAGGCUGCAAAUGUUUUGGAAAUUGAAGCUGGUCAUAUUCAAAUGCUAGACAAGAGUCUGACAGAAAUAAUCCAGACUUCUCAAAAUCCUGUGUUGGAAAAGAAAGAUCCACCAGUAAAGACUUCCUUGAUUCUAGAGAAAGCUGUUACUAGUGGUAUAAAACCAGAUCGCUUACGAAUCCCAAUGACAACCUCUAAGGACCGCCUUACUGAACUCCGUCUGGAGACUGGCCUACCUGGAGACAUUAAGAUACAAGCAAUCCCUGAAGUGGAUGUUGAAAAGGACCCCUCUAGAGAGGCCUCACCCAUCCCACCAGACAACUCAUUUACUUUCACUUCUGCAGAAACUGGAAGAAGAGUUCCCCUGAGUCCUACCAGCCCUAGGUCCCCGGCUGAUGGAAACCUAGAAAGCCAAAGUGGAAAGAGGCUUGAGAAAGUGCCUGACAACUCUUUAGAGGCCAAAAUAAUUGAUGAAGAACUACAGUUGAGCAAAGAUGUAAAAGACCCUGAGGUUAAAGGUCAAGAAGAUAAAGCUGAUAAACCAGAAGGAACUACAACAGCCAAGUCUCCAGCAUCAUUAGAACCUUUACAAUAUAAUAUGGAAGAAAAGCCUUCAAGAAUAGGAGAGAUAGAAUCACAAACACCCUCAGGCAGUGCUCAACAUUUUAGCCUUGCAGGUGACAAGAAUCCACACAUGCAAUUACCAGAGGUAACUCUAACAAAUGAUUCCCCAAAGCCACAAUUAUCGUCUCCAAUCAUUGUAAUACCUCAAGCCGAAGUAGACGAAGAAGACGAUGACAUUGAGAUUGCGGAAGAGCCUCAAGAGAUUAUGGAAGAACCUGAGCAGAUUCAGCAUUCCAAGAGAGACACAACAGAGGAAAGUAUCCCUGGUGAACCUGAAAUAGAGGAGGAAAAGCAGGACCAAAUGAGACUGAUGGUCUGUAAUAAGAUGCUGGACGAUGACCCCAAGUCUGGAGCUGAAGAAUGGAGCCAUAGUGCCCUGAAUAGUGAUGAAGGGGAGCCUGCGACAGAUAGUUCGCACCUGUCUCCAUGUUCUGACCACGACCUCCCACAGCAAUCAAAGGAAGGUGAUGAAGAGUAUAAGGAAGAGGUGUUACCCAUAGUAAAGCUGGAAGGGACAAAGGAAAAGGAAGGGGAACCAGAUGAUGGAAACAAGACAAAAGUGGCGGUUAAAGAAGACGAUGUCAAACCCAAUGUAGAGAUUGGUGAAGAAGAGACCAGUUUAGUAACUAAUGAUGAAACCACAGUGGAUGUGUCUAUCCUGGAUACAGACAGUGGCUGGACGGACCCUCAAGAUGAUGACAAAAGUAUCAUGACUGAGAAAAUCGAAGCCCUUCCCCAGACCAAGGGUUUUGUCGCUGCACCUACGGCUGUGGAUUACCCUGCUAAACGGUUCCCUGGCAAAGGAAGGGGCCACCUUGGCAAGGCUGAAUGCAAAAUGCCACGCAAAGCACCAACCUACCAUCCACCAAAAGAGGAAAUAAUAAAGAAAAAAGUAGGCGUGAGGAGGGUUGACCAAAGUAGGGGGUUAGGCCUCCAAAGUCGCUCUCCAUCUCGAAAAUGUGGAGCCAAAGGGGCACCCAGACAUCCUAGGCCCGCUCCGCUUCACAGCUCGGCUAGGCGCAAGGUCCCAGGCAUGGGGCACCAUCAGCCUCUCAGCGUGGCGCAGCCUUCCAGGGAGAGACCCACUAGAAAAUCUAGCCCUACCAGGGCUGUUCUGUUAAAGAUGGCAGUGCAGCGGGGUGGGGGAUCCCCCCGGCCGAGCUCCGCCUGCAGCCUUAAACGGCGCCCCCUUGUGGAGGCGAUGCUUUGGGAAGCUCGCCCUUCCUCUGCCGGCUCCCGCCCACCCCCUCCAUCUAAUAAAUGGGAGAGAACGUACCGCAGCCCUGAGAAGAGGUCAUCCCUCCCCAGGCCGGCCAAGUCUCUGACUCGCCACAUUCCUGCUGCUGAACAGGAGGACAGCACCCCCUCAAGGCCAACUUCGAUCCGAACCGACUCCAGAGGAGACAGCAGGUCCGGAAGAACCCCUAGUAUGGCAGGCACAGAUUCGGCGCGGUCCCGCUCAGUCCGCAGUGGGGCCUCCACCCCUGGCUCUGCCGUCACACCGGGUACUCCGCCUAGCUACACCUGCCGCACCCCGGGCUCUCGAACCCCUGGCAGCCACACGCCCAAGUCUUUCAGCGUCCUCCAGGAGAAGAAGGUGGCGGUGAUCCGGACCCCGCCUAAGUCUCCUUCGUCGGUUCAGCGGCAGCUGAAGGUCAUCAACCAGCCUCUUCCUGACCUGAAGAAUGUAAAAUCCAAGGUCGGGUCAACGGCCAAUCUCAAGCAUCAGCCAAAAGGAGGACAGGUUCAGAUUUUAAGUGAGAAGCUGGACUUCACUCAUGUUCAGUCAAAGUGCGGCUCCAAGGACAAUCUGAAGUACACGCCAAAAGGAGGCAAUGUCAUGAUUCCAAGCGUUAAGCUGGACUUUAGCCACGUUCAGUCUAAAUGUGGCUCCCUGGAUAAGGUCCACCACUCGGCAGGCGGGGGAAACGUUCACAUCCAGACCAAGAAGAUCGACUUGAGCCAUGUCACCUCCAAAUGUGGCUCCAUGUCCAACAUUCAUCACAGACCAGGGGGAGGACAUGUCCGUAUUGAGAGCGUGAAGCUGGAUUUCAAAGAUAAGGCCCAUGCCAAGGUCUGCUCCCUGGAUAACACCAGCCACGUUCCCGGGGGAGGGAACAUCAUGAUCGAAAGCCACAAACUUAACUUCCGGGAAACCGCCAAAGCUCGCGUGGACCAUGGCGCAGAAAUCAUCGUCACCCACUCCCCUGGGAUUGAGAGGGGAGGCACCUCCCCUCGCCUGUCCUCCAGCGGCAGCAUCAACAUAAUGGAGUCUCCCCAGCUGUCCACUCUGGCACAGGACGUCACCGCCGCCCUAGCCAAACAGGGUUUAUGAGCUUUUUGGACGUCCCUCAGAACAAAUCUGCGCCAUUAGUCCAUCCUGCUCACCAUUGUCGCCCUCCCCCAACAUCCAGUUUGGCUCAUUCCACGCAACAUGACCCCAAUGCACAUAACCUCAGCAGAUGUAACUAAUCGGCUGUGUUGUUCAUCCGUUCAGAUUUUAAAGACUGAAUUCUCUGGUCUUUGAAGAAAAAAAAAAAGGGAAACCUCUUGGUUCAUUCCACCACACAGAUAUAGACGUUUCUGUUUCGGAUUCGAUUGGCCGAAGUGGCUGCGAUUGUUUGGAAAGCGUUUUUUACGAUUGUAUGAUGAGUUUGGAAGACCACAACUCCUGAAUUUAUACGGUACUGAAUGCGAUUUAAUGCUACUAGAUAAUUGUAAAGAGAAGGGGCAUCUGGAGUCAAGAAGUGAUCUCUAUGUCAUGUAUUUGUUCUGACCCACUGCUGAACUACUUUAGUGGCGGGGCAUAGAGAUACUGCAACUUCUUGACUCCUGAUCCCCCAUCUUUGAUUAACGUUGUCUUAAAGGAUACAGAUGUGUGUGAAACUUGAGGGAAAAACGCAAAAGAAUGGCUGACAAAUGGGCAUGUCUGCUGAAACGUGACAUCGGUUUGUCCGUACGUUUGUCCGUGUGUCGGGAUUUUAAUGUUUUCUUUUCUGCUGCAUUUACUUUUUUACGUGAAUGUUACUGUAGUGUUAAGGUUUUGUACUCCCGCCCCCGUGGCUGCUCUGUCUUAUCGGCCUUUAUAACCACGGCCGUUGUGUAAAAUGUUGAGCAAUGAACGGCUAGCUUUCUGGUAGUUUUUUUUUUUUCCUUAAAAGCUGCCUGUUUACGUUAAUUUUUAUAUUUGCGCUGUAGUUUUUCAAGAUCUCAUAAUACUGUUGUGCUGGCAUGGCAAAAAAA